UCACUCCACUCCUUCUUCUUCAAAUUUCAGUUGUGCACCUUUAAAUUAUUUAGUUUUUGCGAUUAACGUUAAUUCGUAAGUUUGUUUGGUAUUACUUUUCAUUGUCAUUUGUGAUUUUUAUGUCAGUAACUUAAUCACAGUUUUAUUGCAGAUGGCAUUCCAAAGGUUCACGCUUGGGAUGCGGUGGAAUGCUUACACGAAAGAGACCAAAAAGGGUGUAAGUUACGUGGGUGGCAAUGUUUAUAAAAUGAAGGUUCGUACGAGACCGAUGCUUGAAGAGCUCCAUCAAAUGUGCACUGGUUACCUGCAUGUAUGGCACUAGAAGAGUUGAUCGUAUGGUAUAUCGAUAUCCAAAAAUACAUGGCUAGUCGUUGUGGAAUGAGGAAUUCCUCAUUACCACUCCGGAGAACGUUGAUGCCAUGGUCCAAUUUUUGACCACCAAUAAAAUUAAACAAGCGGAGAUGUUCGUUUACACCGAGACGGUUGAAGGCGGUGUAGGUCAUUCUGGAGAUGGCCAAACAUCUGGUAUCCACGGUGGGAGUGUAUUAUACGAAGAUCAUCCCCACCAGGAGUACCAAUACUCGAGCCGAAGGCAGGAGUAUCAUGAUGGAACUGGAGGUCAUCAUCAAUCCUUCCCAUCAGAGGUGCCAGUAUGGGGUCCACUCACUAGCUUUUACGAAGGGCCAACAAUUUGCUCCAAAACCCAAAAUUGGACGAUGAACAUGGCCCCAUCAAUCUUCUUCACCGCUCUCGAAUUAACAUUACAGAGGGAGCGGUAGAGAUGAGCUAGGCAAGCAGAUGCCCAGCUCAGGUUUCCCAUAUCAUCCCAACUUCCAAAUAUGAUCUUCAACCAUGAAUUGUUGUUUAAAUUUUUUGAUUUUUUGGGAAGAAAACUCCUCCGAUCAUGCCAAGGAUGUAGAUACGUGCAUAAAUUUCUUUAUCACGCUCAGAACUUUCCUCCGUGAGGGGAAUGCCUCCAAUCUCAGGGUUGUGCUUACGCCUGAUCUCCGCUGUCAACCAAGUGAUUGAUACUUGGCCCGUGGACAAUGGUGGAUUACCAUCCGCAUCGUGAUCUCCCUUUUCUGGCAGACACAACCUGGUGACGGUCCAUAUAAAAUGCUGCAACCACUCAUAUUGGCAAUAACUUUAGCUGGUGGCGUAGAGUCCACACAAAUAACAUCGCCAUCGAUGGGCAAAUCGGUUAGGAUGGCGAUGUCCUUAAGUGUGAUAGUGCACUCGCCUUCACGAAAAUUGAAGCAAAGUGUGUCCUUUCGCCAUCUCUCUACCAAUGAUGCGAUGAGUUGGCAGUUGAUCUUUAUUCCAUUAAAGUGCCUAAUCGGAU